AUGAUAAAUGGCAUGGCUUUGACAGAUCAGAGGCAACCAAGUGCCAUGGAGUUGGCCGCAGUGGCGGUGUCUUCUUCCUCAAGCUCUCUUCCUUCAAGAGGAGGAACAAUAGGUCAAGUCAAGGAUCCUAGAGUUUGGAUCCGAGAGGAGUAUCGACGUUUGGAGACUGAGUCCUUCUCAACUUCUGUGAAUAAUCUCCCAGAAGACAUAUUGAAGAGAGAACUGUUUCAACUGUUUAGUUGGAUUAGAUGCAUAAAUGACAUAUACUUAUCGAGAAAACAAAAGAAUGGUGGUAUAUAUAUUUUUGCGUUUAUUCGAUACACAACGAAAGGAGCGACUUUAAAGGCUAUAGUAGAGAUGAAUCGUAUGAGAUUAAGAGGCAAGAUUGUCUUCAUGGGGAAAGCUAAAUAUAGGAGAAGUUCUGAGGUAAAAGACACGAACAAGAUCCAUCACAGAGGUGAGACUCGAAAUGCUCUGGCUCGUCAAAUGCCACAAGAAAGAGAAGAGACCCAGAAAACCUCCGCUAUCUCCAAUAAAGAUUUGACGAAGGAGAAAAUAGUUCAAGAUCCACAUGGGAAAGGGUGGACGAAGAAGGUGAAAGUGGCUGUGGCAAAAGAAAACUUGGUCUAG